AUGAGCUUCAAACGAUCCUCUCUCUUACACUCUGCCUACGAUGAGCUGUUGGUUGUAGGCAGCCGCUGGAGACGCUUCCUUGCGAAGGCUUCCCCCCAGGGCUUGAGUUCCUCCUCGGCAAAGCCCAGACUCGGAACCUCGCAAGUAACCAUCAUUCCUACACUCCAUAUUGCAAGUAUCCAGUUUUAUGAUCGUGUGCUCGAUUACAUGCGCAAAGCCGUCCAGCAUAACAAAAACACUGUUAUUUUCCUUGAGGGUUUAUGUGACAGCCGUGAGGCUCAGGAAGCUCAAAUGCGGGAGUACCAUGAAAUUGCGCAAAAUGAAUCCCUACGGGAGGCGAUGCUUUCGAAGGCGGACCAAAAUAAUCUGUACACAGAGGAUACCAUGCGAGAUAUCUGUAAGGAACUUUUAGUGGAUUACGAUACCCUGCUUCAUUAUAUUGAUGAGGUGCGGUUACAGGAAUGCUACCUAAAACCAAAGAUGGCAGCGUAUUGCGGCCUCAAUUUGCAUAAUGGUGCGGAUCUGGAUAUGGAAAAAGUACAAGCGUUGCUACAGGAUGAGGCAAUCCGGCUGAGCGCACUGGGUGAAACAUCCCCAUCCAGUGUCUCUGUGCCAGAAAUUGGGUUGUUCCCUGUUGUCCGCAGGAAUCGCGAGCGCAAGGUGGCCCAGCUGGCUCGCAUGCAAUGUGAGCAAUGGUUUCAAGAGGGUAUCGAAAGCGAAGUGAUUAUACCAUGGGGUUACUUUCACUCAGAGGCUAUUAUUCAUUACAUAACCGAGGGAAAUGCAAAACCAGCAGACGAGGAUUCCUCUAGUCAAAUCGAUGUUUCUGUCAGUCAAAGCAGCGAGAUCAGAGAAACUGAUCACGUGGAAUCAAAUCUUAAUGAAAAUAUUCCAGUUAUGACUAGUAGUGUUAGCAGAAGCAAAAAAGACACACCAGCGGCGCCGGCCUCUGGAAGGCCUACCUUAGUGUUCGUUGAGGCAGAUGAACUUGUUGCCAAGGUCCCUUUUGGUGUCCCAAAGGACCUUGUUGAACAGAGGAAAGACACAAAAAAUUAA